AUGGUUUUCUGUUACAAAAUAAUAACGGAUUCGCCACGUCGUUCGACGUCAGUAUCGCCUAGAAAGAAAUCAGCGUCCCCGAAAUGUCAUUACCUCCCCAACUCUAUGUCCGAGCUGAUCGCGUCCGUGGACUAUGAGGGGUGCGGCGCUGACAUCGACUCCAUUCCCGAGCGCGACUGGCGGCUGCUGGCAGCCCUGGCGCGCAAGAGAGAGGAGAACGAGGAGCGGGAGAGGCUCGCGGAGCAGUUCCGAACGCUGUGGCAGAAGGAGAAGCAGCAAAGGGAGAUGAUCGAAGCCGAGACCUCGGAGGAGUUCAAGCGCUACGUUCACGAAAAGCGAGCACGGGAGCGCUCGUGCCUGGAGUGGAGGCAGUUCCAGAGGUCCCUGGAGCAACAGCUGAAGAGGGGCGAGCUGAUGGACCUCAUCGAGUGCAAGGAGCAGCGGUGCGCCGCCCUUCUGGCUCUGAACGACGACAGAAAGAUGAACGACAUGAUGGGUAGGGCGAUGGAGGGCGGUAGGCGCGCGCUCCUGGCGGCCGACAGGCGCACCAGGAAGAUGUCGGCGGACGAGCGACGCCGCGGGAUGCAGUUAGUGUACGCCAAGAGACGGGAGGACGACGCGUGCAAGCGACGAAGCGCGAUGCUUAGAGACGCCGCCCAACGUGCGGCGAUCGGCAACGCUCUUAGCUCCUGGGAGUCGGCGCUGCUUCGCCAGGAGUUGGGGGCUGAGGAGGCGGCGCGAAGGGCGCAGCUGACGUCACGUGUCUCGUGCAAGCACGCGCGUGCCAGUAAAUGGGCGAGCGAACGCGAUAUAAGGCUGCGACGCACUAGGCGUUUGGCGGCGCUCACCGCGCGGCUAAGAAACGCCGUGAUUGGCGGACGCCAA